GGCCACCUUCACUCUGUGUAGAUCUGGAGACAGAUAACGGGUCCUGCAGCCACAAACGAAAAAUCGCUGUUCUUCGUGUUUGAUGCGCACAUGUCGUGUGUAUUUUGUGUCGCGUUUUCUUAACGAGCAGCGCCGAAUUCCGGGCCCCUGCCGAGCCGCAUCUCGUCCCCGUUCUCCGGCGGCAGCUCGGUAGCUAGCGGACUGGCCGCUGAUAGUGAUGCAUCAGAGGAAUUAUCCCGGCGUCUCCGACUGAGAUGGAGCCAGCGACGCUCGACCGGAGUUGCUUGCUAGCUAGCUAGCUAGCUGACGGUGCCCGCCGGGAUUCCGUGUACCGGAGCACAGCCGGAUAACGUUAGCUAAAUGGGUGCAGCGUCGUCGCGCAGGGUUUGCUGUAACGUUACCACACGUUUCCACCUCUGUCCGCAGAUUUCAUAGACAGCUACCAUGCCAGCUAGCAAAAAUUGCUAACUUAACCGUUUAGGUUAGCCACACGUGACACAAUUUAUCUCGCUCCAGCAAUUAGCUACACCCCUGGCCGUCCUUGGACGCUUCAGUGACGUUAAUUGGAAGGCGUGUAUCAGGAUGGCACGGCUCUUGGACGGGGCCGGCAAACUGGGCUGGGUUCUCCUCAAGUCUGUGCUCCGUUUCGCGUUCAUGUUCCUCAACAACUGUGUAGCCAUCCCAUCCUACUGCCUGUACCUGCUGCUGCUCCAGCCUCUGAGAAUAUGGGACAGUACCACUUUCUGGCACAUCGAGGGAAUCAUGUUCAAAUGGUUGCUGGCCAUGGUGUCUUCAUGGGGCUGGGUCGCAGGUUACACAGUAACGGAGUGGGGGGAUGACGUGCGGCCCAUCUCUGAAGAAGAAGCCAUGGUCAUCGUCAACCACCAAUCCACAGGAGACGUGUGCACGCUCAUGAUGUGCCUGCAAGACAAGGGCACGGUGGUACAAAGAAUGAUGUGGUUAAUGGACCAUGUGUUCAAAUACACCAACUUUGGCCUAGUGUCCCUGAUCCAUGGGGACUUCUUCAUCAGACAGGGUAAAGCUCACCGAGAUAAGCAGCUGGUCUACCUGAAGGAUCACCUAGACAAAUACUACCACAGCCGUGACAGGAAGUGGAUAGUGCUGUUCCCCGAGGGCGGCUUCCUUCGCAAGAGGCGGGAAACCAGCCAGUUGUUUGCCAAGAAGAACUCUCUCCCCCACCUGACCCAUGUCACACUGCCUCGUCUUGGGGCCACCCACAUUAUCCUGAAAACCCUGUCAGCCCAGCAGGAGAACGGCAGCGUGGGCAGCGACACUGGGACCUUGAACCAGACAGCUAAUAAACGUAAAGGCCUGCAGUGGGUAAUAGAUGUGACCAUAGCGUACCCCAAAGCAAGACCCAUGGACAUCCAGACUUGGAUCUUUGGAUACAGGCCUCCUACAGUCACACAUGUACACUACAGGAUGUACCCAAUAAAAGAGGUUCCUGUGGAGGCCGAGGCCCUGACUGACUGGCUGUAUCAGAGGUUUGUGGAGAAAGAAGAGCUGCUGGCCCACUUCUACAAGACAGAAUCAUUCCCUCCUCUGGAAGGACAGAAGGAGGCAGCUUCCCGGCAGAUGAUCCUCGAUCCCUUGUGGCUGUGCAUCAUCCAGUCGCUGGCUUUCGCCUCCGGCUACAUGUGGUACAGCGUCCUCCAGUACCUCUACUGCUGUUUAUUUUGAGCUCGCUGACGAGGUCUUCAUCGGACCACUGGAAAAGCCUCAGGAUCAGUUGGUGUGUGGCCCAGCGUCACACUUAACCCCCCCUCCCCCCCUCCCCUUACGAUGGGUGAAUGUACAUUUGCAACAGUUGGAGAGACUUAAUAGGAAACGAAAAAAUUAACAAAAAAACAAAAAACAUAUGAAGACAAACUACACCGACACACAGAUUUCCAGAGAAACCCGUACAAUAGCGAAACUGGUCACAGGCAACUCGCACACAACCCUAACGCCACACACUCGCUGCAGCGGCCUAGCAGAAUAAUCUCUUCACACUCGUCACGACUCACAUUUUGAUGUUUACACGUCCUCAUACAUGUAGACACUCACACGUACAGGAGUUUUUAUUCGGAGUUAACGAAACGAGGCUCAGGACUCCUCCAGAAGAUGCUCUGGACCGGACUCUCUCCCUCUCCUAGGCUUUAGCCGUAGUAGUUUUACAGAGUAUAAAGUAUGGAUGUGUGUGAGUGAGUGUGAGCGAAUACAUGUGACUAGAAGUAUAAUGUCUGCCCUUGUUCUUCUUCCUGGCGAGAGUCGAAGUCCACUGGACCUCUCUUCCAGCCUGCUGCCCCGUCGGCCGGCUGCACCUUCCAGAGCGAGCGGCCGUAUGAACGCUGAGGCCGGACGCUCCUCUGGCCUUCAUUGCACUAAGGAUCCAUACUGCCCUAACUGCUCCCUGCCCCAGGAAAUACUCCUGAACGGUAGCUGUCGAUGUUUUGCUUUCUUUUAUUUUUCUCCUCCACUUUAACCCGCAUAUCUUCACAACAACGGCCAUUGUAUUUGUUGUUGACGUCUCUUUAUUGUUUUGUUGUUGUCGGGACUUUUUUUUCUUUUUCCCCAGUGUCCGCCUGUCUGUUGAGUCAGUAUUGUGAGCUCGCUGAGAAAAGGGGGAUCAUGUUUACACUGGCGGCCUGCUGAAAGCCUAAAGGGAUGGUGGCUGCGAUGUGGCGCUUGAUUGAGGAUUUAUUUUUGUUAUUAUUAAUUUUUUUUUCGUGACAGACCUGGAAGGAGGACAAGAAGAUGUGCCGUAUUUAAAAGAAAAAAAAUCAUGGUGGCGACGCAGGGCAAGAUUGGCAGUUUGAUCACCUAAAAAAAAACAAACAAGUAACUUCUUCUUUGUGGAUUUCACCCCCUUUUCCACCCUCUGCUCUCCAACACAAACAUGCACACACUCGACCAUGUGCAGCUACACGGCAGAAUCUGUCCGGAGGAUCCUCUCGACACGACAGACUGAGAAGGCAGAGACUCUUAUUCCCCCAUUGGACUACAUAGUUUUACAAAUAUUUAAGCCAUAUGCUUAGUGUCGUCGGGGUGGGGGGAAAAAAAGACAUGAUUUUUAUAGGAAGCUACCCUAAUGUUCAGCAUUCUACAAUAGAGAUUUUGGCUUACAGAACUAUAGGUGUCAUUACUGUAAAUUUACAGCAUAACCUGCCUAAGUGAGUGUGUGUGGUUGUCUCUCCCCCCCGCUCCCAUUUUUGAUAUAUACGAUUCAUGUCGUGUUGCUCUGUGACGUCAGAGUUUCACCUCCAAGUGGUCAAAUUUUUAAUUCAUUUUAAGUCACGCGGACUGUUCUUGUCCUCAUGUCAUGGUUCGUUUUCAAUCUUGUACAUAAAGCUGAGGAAGAGUUUUCAUUGUCGAGAAUGACGGCAGCGUGUUUUCGGUCUGUGACAAUUUCAGAGAAUUUUAUUUUAAAAUAUGAAUGUUUAAAAAAAAAAAAAAAAAAAACAGAAGAAGAGAGAACAGAUUUCCCCUUCAUUUCUCAGUGUUACCCUGUAUUUGUUUUGACCAGCAAGUUAAACGUGUGCUUCAUGAGCUACUGUAGGUCCACGCUGCACGGCGACACGCGGGGCCCACUUUCAAACUUGUACCUUGUUUUUUGAAUCAUCAGGAUUUAGUGGAGAAAACUAUCAAGCCUUACCGGACGUCCUGGUUGACCACAAUCCCAAAACGAUGCUGUUUCCUCGCAUUCCCUUCUCGCUGUGAAGAUGGUUUCGGGGUGUCGAGGUAAAACUGGGCCGACGAGGAGGGAAUCAUCGUCACUUCCGAGAGAAACUGGCAGAGCCCUGCAAUGGCGCAGCUGUUGUCUCUCGAAUGUACUCGUGUCGUGGUUUUGAGGUCGGUUAUCUGUAAUUUGCUUAGCCUGCUUUAACUAUGAAAAUUAUAGAGGAGCAGUAAUUAUCAUUGUCAUAAACUAAUGCAUAAAAGGUGCAUUUUCGUAGUGCUGGCUGCCCUCUGUUGGUAAAAAAAAAAAAAACUGUGAAAUGCAAAUAAAAAAAGGGCUACCUGACUAGGUAGGUUAAAACAUUUUUAAUCAGACUGUAAAUGUGUUUCAUCCCGCGGCCCUUUCAGAUUCCCCUCCAUUGUGAGAGUGACUUGAAAUUAAGCUUAAUAUUUUUUUCCACCUUUUUUUUUUUUUGACCAUGUUUCCAAAGAAGGCAGGGAAAUAAUGUUUUCCUAGAUGUGGUUUUAGGAAAUAAACACAAUAGGGAUUUAAAUUAUACUAGAACUGUCUGUAAUUUUCCAUUUUGUACUUCUCCUGUAAUUCCUAGCUAAACAGCCAUUUUACAACACAAAAAACUUGUGCUGGAAUAAAACAUCAUAAAGAUCCUAA